AAAGUUCCCUUUUUGCAUCCGCCAUUGACACUCAUUCCCCCUCCUCGUUCUCGUCUUCGUUACGCUAGGCGGCUUGUAUCGACAUCAGCAGCCAUGCCGAAGCAAAUUCAUGAGAUCAAGGAUUUCCUGCUAACCGCACGACGGAAGGAUGCAAGAUCCGUCAAGAUCAAGAAGACGGGAGAUGUUGUGAAGUUCAAGGUCCGAUGUCGCAAGUACCUUUACACGCUCUGUGUAACGGAUACCGACAAAGCUGACAAGCUUAAGCAGUCGCUUCCUCCAGGUCUCCAUGUCACCGACAUCUAGAUGUCAAGGAACACGCGUAAUAACGAGGAUGGCAGAAGCUGAGGGAGAAGAUGGCGAGGAUGAAACAGAAUGUGUGGUUGAUCGGGAUGGGCUUCUCUGGCUAUUCGUUUUUGAGGAUUCGAACUCCCGUCGUGCGGUUUAAUUACCUCCUGGCUGGCUCGCUGGAUCUAUCUUGGAAGACGGCGAUUAGCCAGCAGGAGUGGGGGAAAAGGACGCGGAAUGCGGAUUUGAACUCCCGUCGUGCAGUUGAAUUACCUGCUGGCUGGCUGGCUGGCUGGCGUGUUCGCUGGAUUUAUUUUUGAGAUGGCGGUUAACCAGCAGGAGAUCGUGGAAUCCAUCUUUGAAGAUGUCGAAUGACCAGCAGGAGCGGGGGAAAAGGAGGGAGGCAGAAUGCGGAUUCGGAGCCCCGUCGUGUGUAUAAGUACCUGCUGGCUGGCUGGCUGGCUGGCUCGCUGGAUCUGACUUUGAGAUGACGAUUAACGAGCAGGAGAGGGGGGGAGAUCGUCGGAGGACUGCGGGGAAGGAGAGACAGCGGCAUAAUGUGAGGGGUGUCUGAGCUGGUUAUAUCCUGUCCUGUGGGCAAUCAGCGUGCAGUAAUGCAUUUGUGAGCUCAAAUGCAGUUUUGUCUGAAGUAUAUACCGUGACGUCAAGAAAUUCGUAACCUGAAAUGGAUUUUGUGUAAAAGACGAGGGUGGGAGGAUGGGAAGAUGGUUUUUGUGUGCGCCUGUGGGGUGGCAUCGGUCGCUGUUUUCUUUAUAUCAGUCAUGCGGUGUGCAUCUGUUUUGCCCUAACGUGACUUCUUGUCCCCCUGAUUUGAAUAGCGAUCCCUGAUCCACAAUGGCCGUCGUUCAGUCUGGCCCUCGAUCAGUCCACAGGGUGCGUCGGUUGCAUCGGUUGCGCGUUUUUGAGUGUUGGACAGCCAUGGUGUAUGUACCAGACUCUCUAGCGUGUCUGGUUUUGUGAAGGACUCCAGGAUUUUAACUUUUUUCGGAAGUGUCUUGUCUUGUUUUCAGUGUGGUUGAAUGUCGGCUCUUAUGAUCUGGUGUGAUGAUGAUGCGUAUUGAGCUUUGAUUCUGUCGUCAUGUGAAGCAAAGGCUAUGGGAAUGUCGGAUUUGGAGAGAGUGACGAUAUAAGGCCUCGGAACUCUCUUCAUUGCAAUAGCCAUGCUAUUCACAUGUGGACAGAAUCAAAGCUCAAAGGUGCA